AUGUUUUUUGCUGUGGUCCUGUCCAGGGAAGCCUGGAACAAGGAGUCGAACUGGGCAGGGUAUGUUGCAGGGGCGACUGACCAAGAUGCAGACACCGCCGCAGAUGCAGUCGCAAACGAUGUUGAUGGUAUAAUUCCUAAAGUGCACAGCGGGUUCCCCUCCGUCUACACCUCGGACGAUCCUCACUCAGGGUUCAAUAAAACCAGUGCCAGGAAGCAGGUCCUGACGGAAGUGCAGUGGUUGGUUGACCAAUACAAGCAGGAGGAAAAUCAGCAUAACCAUUGCGGGCCACAGCCUAGGAGCAGCGCUUGCAUCGCUGAAUGCUAUCAGCAUAGCUUGGAACGGUUACAACAGGUCGUGCGGCAUCCAAUCACAACACCCUCCCCCGAGCCCCCGUGUAGGAAAUCUCAAAUUCUGCAAUAUUGCCAACUCCAUCCCAAGCCUGCGCCUCCUGCGCACUGCCAACUUGCCCGACAUGGUCUGAAGGUCCCAGUGACAGGGUACUUUGACGCCGGACAAGAGUUGCUUAUCAACACUCAACUGUCCAAGUACCUCAAGUACCUCAAGAACAUUUACAAUUGGCAUUCACUAGAGGCGUAUUUGCAUGGGUUGGCGGGGAGGCAAGGGACGAAAGGAGGAUUCAAGCUGGAAGUGAAGAGGGACAUGGCACCGGUGAACAAGCACCACUCGUUCCUUAGGGAUGAGUAUCUGGUGCCGGACGAGUGGUGGGUGAUGAUGAACAGAAGGAUGGUUCAGAUAUAG